AUGAAGAUUUCUCAAAGUAUGCAAAAGAGUUAUCAUGAUAAGAGGAGAAAGGAUUUGGAAUUUCAAGAGGGUGAUCAUGUGUUUCUAAGAGUCACACCUACGACCGGUGUUGGACGAGCAUUGAAAGCUAAGAAGUUGACUCCUCGUUUUAUUGGACCGUAUCAAAUUACGAGUAGAGUGGGAAAAGUUGCUUAUAGAGUGGCGUUACCGCCAAACCUCUCAAAUUUGCAUGAAGUGUUCCAUGUGUCUCAACUUAGGAAGUAUAUUUCGGAUCCGUCUCAUGUGAUUCAAAUGGAUGAUAUUCAAGUGCGCGAUAACCUUACGGUUGAGACGAUGCCUUUGAGGAUCGAAGGUCAUGAGACGAAGUCCUUACGGGGAAAGGAAAUUGAUUUGGUGAAGGUUGUUUGGAUUGGUGCAGUCGGAGAAAGUACGACAUGGGAAUUGGAGAACAGGAUGCGCGACUCCUACCCCGAGUUAUUCAAAUGA